CCGUCAGCAUUCUGGAGGGAACCAAGCUUGGAUGUUGCCAUUGAUGAUCCGAUAGCAGCUCGAUGCCUUGCCUGCCUGCAUUGGCUCUACCCUUUCAUCCUGAUUGAUUAAUCUUCUCCCCUCCUCCUUCUUUUUUUCUCCUUCAUCAUUAUUAGCGCCUGAUCUGUUGCAUCCAAGCGCAUACAUACCAUCGCGAUGUCUUUCCCACAGACGCCUUCUCAUUCGUUACCCGGCGCCUUCUUGCAUACACCCGCCGUUGCAUCGCGAUUCAAUGCUCAGCAGCAAGAUCCGGUUCGCCGCCGUCUCUUCCAGACUACACCAUCUUCGAACGGUGAAGCCGCAGGUUUUGGUCAAGGUCAAGGUCACGGCCUCGGGCUUGAUGCUCCCACUCAGCCUGCUGAAGAACAGACUAUGCGAACUGGACUACAAGCUCAAAAUAUGCCUCCUCAACCACCCCUAGCUAAGGCUGCUUCUUAUAUUAACAAUGCUCUGGCCAAAGAUGCGGAUUAUCCGCAGCUUGAUUCUUACUGUAGACAGAUAUCUUCCGACUACGAUCUAGCUCGGGAUGACUCCACCUGGGCUCCUUUCCAAAAGACAAAUAUGUAUCCCAUCCCUCAAAACGUUCUCGAACAGUAUAACAGGGCCGAAGUAUCCACGAUGAUGGGGUUAUUCGCCGAGUUAAAUCACGCCUGGGUAACGAUUGACAACUGCCUCUACCUUUGGGAUUACACGCACCCCAAUCCGGAACUCACUGGCUACGAAGAUAGCCAGCAUAGCAUCACCGCCGUGAAGCUCGUUGCCCCCAGACCCGACGUGUUCAACAAGAUUAUUACGCACAUACUGGUCGUAGCUACGACCUCGGAGAUGUUUCUUUUGGGAGUCGCGGCUAGAGAUGCUCCUGGUGGUGCCAAGACUAUUGAUCUUUACGGCACAAAGAUGUCUUUACCCCUGAAAGGUUUAGAGGCGCGCGUUAUAGCAGGCUCUGCGGACGGUCGUAUAUUCUUCUCCAGCCAAGCCGAUACCGAUAUCUAUGAGCUGAAAUACCAACAAGAAGAGAAAUGGUUUACCAAUAGGACUGAAAAAAUCAACCAUACGUAUCGCCCAUGGACUGCUGCAGUCCCUAAUCCAUCACAAAUCCUCUGGGGAAGAACUUCGAAUGAGCAUAUCGUGGAUAUCGUCGUGGAUGAUAGUAGAAAUCUACUUUACUCUCUUUCUAAUACGUCGACAGUACGAACUUACCAUAUGGAGCUACCGAACAAGCUCACUAAAGUUAUCGAAAAGACCAAAGAUGACUUUUUACGUGAUAUCGCCCACGUUCUUAGUGUCGUGUCUCCAUUGCUUACCGAGCGAAUGGAUAUCGUGUCGAUCAGUCCCAUUUCCGCCGUUGAAGAUUUCAAGGUCCAUCUAAUGGCCGUAACAAAUACGGGAUGUCGUCUUUUCAUGAGCGCCACCAGUGCCGCCUCGUACAUGCUCAGCUCUUCGAACCAAGCGCCGCAGAGCAUGCAGCUUCAAUGCAUCAAAUUCCCCCCGUCCGACCAGCGACGGUCUAGGGUCGACCGGUUUGGAGGCCUUGUCGAGCAGGUCGAUAUCCAAGGAAAAUCUCUCGAGACAAGCCGGCGAGGAAUCCGCUUCCCCCCAGGCUACUUUUUAGAUUUUGUGACGAAGACGGAGCAACCCAACGGAGAUCUCUUGUUUAUCUCGGCCCCAGACUGCGGACGGAUCAGCCACGGCCGCCAGACUCAGAACAUGCGGUAUUAUGAGCAUGCCAAUUGGAUCGAAAUCGGUAGUAGAGCUGAAGAUGUCGGUCUGGUUACCAAGCCUUUCGCCGCGACUGCCCAGCCCCAAGGCUUCGGGAAUGAGCUGGCCGUUCAGUUUGACGAUCCCAACGGUAGCGAGUUCGCUAUUUUAACGAACACGGGAAUACAUGUGGUGCGGAGGAGGAGAUUGGUGGAUAUAUUUGCCUCAGCCAUUAGAGCUGCCGCCGGUGAUGAUGGUUUAAAGACCGAGGUGAGCAAGUUUCGCAGUGCUUAUGGUCACGUCGAAACUAUCACGGCUGCACUAGCUGUCGCGUGUCGCCAAGGAGAUAACGGGCGUCCUGGCAUCGCCCGCGGCGCCAUCGACCAGGCCGCGCAGGACCGGGCGAAGCAAGUUUAUAUCAACUUCGGCGGGAAUCCCAGACUUCCCGAGCAGGAUGGGCAGCCUGCGACGGUUGAAAUGGUACAACCUUCGACUCGGCAUGCAGCUUUGACUCUGUAUCUUAGUCGACUUGUCCGAUCACUAUGGAACUCGAGAGUCGUUGGACUAGGAACAGACGCAAGCGGCGCGCUAGCGAUAACAAGUGUCAUUCCAAUUGAUAAAUUAAAGGAAGUGCAGGCAAGUGUGGAAAGCUUAAGAGCUUUCUUGGAUGCGAACCGGUCAUUCAUUCAAGGUCUGUCGGGCCCCGCGGAUCUACGUAGAGCCGGAAGCAAGCAAGAGGAACUAGGCUUCCAGGGUGAACAUCAAGCUAUGCGUGCCCUUGAAACGUUGAUGAUGGGUAUUACUGAAGGCAUAUCUUUCGUAACGACGUUGUUCGACGAGCGAGUUACGGAUAUAUUUACUCGUCUUGAUGAUACUUCGCGGCAGCAGCUUCGUGAUCUCACGUAUGAGCAGCUCUUCUCUCAGGACAGUGGGAAGGAACUCGCAAAGGUCCUGGUUAAGGCUAUUGUCAAUCGAAAUAUCGAGAAUGGAUCCAAUGUCGAAACCGUCGCGGACGCUCUCCGUCGCAAAUGCGGUAGUUUUUGCAGCCCCGAUGACGUAGUCAUCUUCAAGGCUCAGGAGCAAUUAAAAAAGGCGUCCGAACCGUCUCUCAAUCCCAACACCUCCCGCACUCUCCUUCACGAGAGCUUGAGGCUUUUCCAAAAAGUUGCGAAAAGCCUUACACACGCGAACCUCGAGUCUGCUAUCGAUCAAUACGUCGGUCUGAGGUAUUACGCCGGUGCCAUUCAGCUCUGUCUCGUCGUUGCGAGCGAAAAGGAUCGGGGCAAUGCCGCCCUUUCCUGGCUCAACGACGGCAAGCCCGCCGGCGACCCAAGAGCAAAGUUCUUUGAUCAACGUAAGGUUUGCUACGACCUGAUUCACCGUGUUCUCCAGGAUCUCGAUGCGGCAUCAGCCCGGGAGCCGGAAAUGAUCGACGGGAAACCGACACUGAUAGCAACUAAGCGUGCAGAGGCUUACGAUGUCGUCAGCAGCUCUUCAGAUGAAGUUUUCCAUUUUGAUCUCUAUGAAUGGUAUAUACAGCAGGGGUGGACCGACCGCCUCCUCAGCAUCGACUCGCCGCAUGUCACGACCUUCCUCCGCCGUCUAGCUUCCAAGGAUGUCGAUCAUGCAGACCUCCUUUGCAGAUUUUAUACCAUGCGCAAGCAGUACUUCGACGCCGCCAAAGUCCAGGCCGAACUUGUGCAGUCCGAUUUCCCUCUUUCCAUCAAGGAUCGUCUGACUUUGUUAAGCAAAGCGAAGACUAAUGCUAGCGUUAUGACCGCUGGGGUUAGCCGACAAGAACAGCAGCUCCUUAACCACGAGGUAACGGAACUUCUCGAGGUGGCCCACAUCCAGGACGAUCUACUAGAAAGACUGAGAGUAGACAGCAGAAUCCCAGCGGAACGCCAAUCAGAGAUUGAGAAGACUCUGGACGGCCAAAUCCAGCCUCUGUCCGAACUCUUCAACGGCUAUGCCGACCAAGCCGGUUACUAUGAUCUCUGCCUGCUAAUUUAUCACGUUGCUGACUUCCGAAAUUCCACCACAAUUGCUCAGACUUGGAGCAGUCUAAUCCAACAGACCCACGAGAAUGUUGCAGACCAAUGGUCAGCAUACGAUUCAGAGCGCCGCAAGCGUGGAGCACAGGCAGGAGAUCCGCCCCCUCAACCGUAUGAAGUGCUAGUGGGCCAGAUCCAAGACAUUUGUCACCGCUCAUCUAACGACUCUUUCAUAUUCCCCGUCCCUACUCUUCUACCGGAGAUCUGCCGCUACGCUUUCGAGAACGCACAAGAUAGAAGAAUCGCUGCGGAUGUUAACUGGCCAGUGAUCGUCUUCCUCAAUUUGGGAGUGAGCUUCGACCUCGUGGUUCGCGUUCUCGAGCAGAUGUUCGAGGCUCAAGAGGUGCCCUUCCGUGGAACUGGUCGCGCCAGGAUCGUCGAAUGGAUUACGUAUGCCGUCAGCCAAUGGAUCCGUGAUCUGAGCAGAAACGGCCGUCCGGAGGCGAGGUUGGAACCUUGGAUUAGCGACUUGAUUAUGGAAUGCGAAAAUUGGGUGUCAACGAAUUUACGAACUAUCAACGAGGGCGGCGCGGACAUGAAAGACAUUGCACGGAGCCUGAAAGAAGUAAAGCGAUCCGUGGAGGGCUUUGUCGUAUCACCGGUAGCAAAUAGGAGUAUGGGUUUCUAUUGAGGAUAGGUAAUCUCAGUGUGAUGUCUUGCUGGGAAUUUGGAAGCUCUAGAUAAUAUCAAGUGGCUUGGUGCGUGCCAGGUGUUGGAAUAACAGGGCUCGCGCUAUACAACAGGAUUAAAAAGAAAGUGAUAAUAGGCGUCUCGGCAUUCUCGGCAUUCUAGUAUAUGAAUACUACGCGUCCAAUGCGUUAUAGCAAAUUCAGAUCCGAAAAGGCUAAUGCUAGUUAUUCUCGUGUAAAGGAUAGGACAGAGGAAUAAUACAAGUUGAAAGCAUGGUUAACCGAGCCUCAAGUGCGGGUGAUGUCUUAUGACCCCCCUGAUAAGUCAAUAUCAGUCAGUUGUUGGCCCUCGAGGUUUGCUACUCAUACCGAAUUUUCUAAGACAUAGUUACUAUUAGGGUACGAACUAGCUUUAUAAUUAGGAUGUGGUCCGUGCCUUAAUAGUAACUGUUUCUUAGAAAAUGCGGUACUCCAGCUCGGAGACUUUCCGGAGACUUGGUCCGCGUAGUAUAGUGACUCUGCGGAGACUUUCCGGAUACUUGGUCUGCGUAGUAUAGUGACUCUUCGGAGACUUCAUUGAAGGACCCGGCGGCUGACUUGCGUCUAUAAAAAUACGCAGGGAACGGACUGU